GAGAGCUCGAGACCUUCGGUUUAACCUCGAGAAAACCCUAAUUUCCACCUUCACGUGAUGCCAGCCAUGGUCGUCGACCCAGCUCAUGCAACGUAGGAGCGAUUCAGCCAGGAGAUCUCCAUUCACACCAGUGGUGGACUUAGUUAAGCCACGUCCGCGACUGUAAUCGACCCGAAUAAAGCAAUGGAAAGCAUAGAGACCGCAGAGGCCAAGAAAGAGAGAGAGAAAGAAACAAAGGAACUCUGGAAAAAGUAGAGAGAGAGAGAGGGAAAAACAACAGAAAUCUGGAGAACAUAUAAAUGGCGUGGGGUUUUUCCGCCCGUUGAGUUGUUUAUUUUUCCCCCUCAAAAAGGAAAAAAAGUGGGAGAAUUGUGGAUCGAAUUGUGUGGUCCAGGAGUUUUUAUUUUUUUAAGAAGGAAAAAAAACAUAACAAGAGUGAGUGGCUCAGUUUGCAGGUUGCAUCUGAUCAGAAGAACCGCCUCUGGAUUUUCUUCUCUACUGUGUUUUUUUGGCUCUUUAACGGUCGCUCGUGAUUCAAAAUUCUGGGGGAACACAUGUUUAAUGAAUAUGGUUUUCUGCCUUUCACUCUACGGCCUGGAGCGUUGAUAGUGGGAUUGUUACUGCUCUUUGAAUUGCUGUUUCCUCCAAGCUUAAACUCCAGUUCAUGAAGACAGAAAGCAAUAUCCUAUACAGUAAGUUACAUGUUUUCGCUUCAGUUAUGCUUGACAUAGUUGACACUCCAACCUAUGAUUGUUAUUGGUAUAACCAACAUAGUAAUGAAACAUUCACAGUUUCAAAAAGUGAAAGUAGAGAGUAGCAAAGUGUUUUUUGCGUCUGUUUUUUUUCAAAGGGAAUGGUUAGAUUGCAAGAGUUGUUUAAUGGGUAGAAAUUGUAGGGCUUUGUUUGGCAUGGAAGCAGGCCUUUUUGUUGUUUUGGUGUUGUGGUGUUGGUGAGAGAAUGUGUUUGGGCUAAUUUUCGCGAGGUGGGUCUAAUGGUGUACUUGGAUGAGGAUUCUAUCCAAUAUCCUAAUUCUUCUUGGUAUCUUCAAAUAAUGGUGACUUGGAGAAUCUGUAGCAUGGCCAGUGUUAGUUCGGGUACCCGGUUUUUGAAUACCUUAUGAAUGGAGGGUUCUGCGGAUUUGAAUUGGGAGAAAUCUGUUUCUAGGGGGCUUAAUGAUUGCACUUUCUCGAGUGUGGGCAUUUCUAGAGAUGCUUCGAACAAUACAGAUUGGGUUCAGGCUAAUCAGAAGCGGUUCGUUUUAUCGAGUACAGAUAAUUUCAAUAAUCUGGUAGGCUCUUCUAGGGUUUGUGGCGAUGGACCAGAAGCAAAUAACUCUCCUAAUAUGGGUGGUCUUGAAUCGGGUGAUAUAAGCUUAAGACACUGGCUUGAUAAGCCAGAGAGGUCGGUGAACAUCUUAGAAUGCCUUCAUAUAUUCAGACAGAUUGUGGAAACGGUGAAUAUUGCACACUCAAAUGGGAUUGUAGUUCAAAAUGUACGGCCUUCGUGUUUCCUUAUGUCCUCCUUCAAUCGUGUUUCCUUUAUAGAAUCAGCUUCUUGUUCAAGUUCGGGCUCGGACUCUAUUGAGCAUUGCACAAAGAUCACAGCUGAUGAAUUGAAGAGUGAUUCCAAGCCUAGUUAUCGUGAUCAAAGUUCAUCUUCACCUUUUCCCAAUAGCUUACUUCACAAUAGAAGCACAUCAGGCAGUGCUGAAUCCCCACAGCUUCACAAUUCUGUGAGGGAAGAUUUCCAAAGGGUAUCUGGGAUUUCAGUCAUUAAUGGUAAUAUUGGUAGUGAUGCUUGUAGGUCUCAAGCUGGUACAGCAAGUUGCUUACAAUCGCCUUCUGCUCUUGCCACACGUGUUUCUUCUAUAAAAGAUGCCGAGAAGUUAAAAGUGAAGGAUACUAAUAUGGAGGAGGAAGUUGAGGAACAGAAGAACCCAUUUCCAUUGAAGCAGAUAUUACUUAUGGAAAUCAAUUGGUACAACAGUCCUGAGGAGGUUUCUGGUGCAACAGGUUCAUUUUCUUCGGAUGUGUACCGAUUGGGAGUCCUUCUUUUUGAGUUAUUCUGCCCAUUUAACUCAGAGGAGGAGAAGCUCAGAACGAUGUCUAAUCUCCGGCAUCGUGUUCUACCCCCUCAAUUGUUGCUAAAGUGGCCUAAGGAAGCUUCCUUUUGUUUGUGGUUGUUGCAUCCUCAGCCAAAUACCAGACCCAAAAUGAGUGAAGUCUUACAAAGUGAGUUUCUCAAUGAACCAAGGGAUAAUUUGGAAGAUCGCCAAGCUGCAAUUAAGCUAAAAGAUGAAAUAGAGGAGCAGGAAUUGUUGCUGGAGUUUCUUUUGCAGAUGCAACAAAGGAAACAAGGGACUGCUGAUAAGUUGCAUGAUGUUAUAUGUUGCUUGUCAUCUGACAUUGAAGAAGUUCAAAGGCAGCAAUCAUCCCUCAAGCUAAAAAGGAGCUCUAGCUUACAGUUAAAUCUAGAUUUGGAACAGUUGAAAGAACCUGUACAAUAUCCUGUUAAAUAUAAUGAUUCAACCAGCUUGGGCUCUAGAAAACGUUUUAAACCUGGGAUGAUUAUGCAACAGGAAGAGGAAAUCCCCAGCUGCUCAGUUGAAUGUAAGAACAUUGAAGAGAACUCUGAGAAUCAUGAGAGUAUAACAUCCAAAUGUUCUCGACUGAUGAGAAACUUUAAAAAAUUGGAAGCUGCCUAUUUCUCAACAAGGUGCGGACCAACCAAACCAGCAGGGCAGACACGGAAUAAAAGUUUACCAGGAAGUGGCAGUGGGCGAGGAAUAGAUGCAAGAACUGAAGGUAGUACGUAUAGUUCAGUGGAUAAUUUGGCUUCCAAGGAAAACCAGGGUGAAGGAAGAAGAAUUGGGUGGAUAAAUCCAUUUCUGGAUGGAUUGUGCAAGCAUCUAGCUUUCAGCAAGUUAAGGGUAAGAGCUGACCUCAAACAAGGGGACUUGCUCAACUCAUCGAAUUUGGUAUGCUCCCUUGGAUUUGACCGGGACAAGGAAUUCUUCGCAACAGCAGGUGUAAACCGAAAAAUUAAGGUCUUUGAAUGUGAUAUGAUUCUUAAUGAAGAUCUUGAUAUUCAUUACCCUGUAAUAGAAAUGGCUAGUAGGUCAAAACUCAGCAGUAUUUGUUGGAAUAGUUAUAUCAAAAGCCAGAUGGCUUCAAGUGAUUUUGAAGGCAUUGUACAGGUUUGGGAUGUGGCAAGAAGCCAAGUUUUUAUGGAUCUAAGGGAGCAUGAGAGGCGUGUUUGGUCUGUUGAUUUUUCGCAAGCUGAUCCAACAAGGUUGGCCAGCGGAAGUGAUGAUGGUGCUGUUAAGCUAUGGAAUAUCAAUCAGGGGGGAAGUGUUGGUACCAUCAAGACAAAGGCCAAUGUGUGUUGUGUUCAGUUCGCUCCUGAUUCUUCGCGUUCACUUGCUAUUGGCUCAGCAGAUCAUAAGGUCUACUGUUACGAUCUCCGCAACACAAAGAUGCCUUGGUGCACAUUGAUUGGCCACACAAAGACUGUGAGUUACAUCAAGUUCAUCGAUUCAACGACCCUCGUUUCUGCAUCCACAGAUAGCACUUUAAAGCUUUGGGAUUUGUCCAUGAACACUUCCAGGGUAAUUGAAAGUCCUGUGCAAACAUUUACAGGACACACAAACAUAAAGAAUUUUGUUGGAUUAUCUAUAUCUGAUGGGUACAUCACCACUGGUUCUGAGACAAAUGAGGUUUUUGUAUAUCACAAGGCCUUUCCUAUGCCUGUUCUAUCUUACAAGUUCAGGAGCAGUGACCCCUUAACUGGUCAAGAAGUCGAUGAUGCCUCUCAAUUUAUCUCAUGUGUUUGCUGGCGAGGCCACUCCUCAACCCUCGUGGCUGCAAACUCCACUGGAAACAUCAAAAUCUUUGAGAUGGUCUGAUUUUCCAGUGACUUUUCACCCUAUUCCGGCCAAAAUCACGCAGGAAAAUUACCCAUAUUAAGAGUUCCGUAAUUCCUCAUCAAAAGAUGAAAUAUUUCUUUUAUGAUUUUUCGGUCAACUGCAAAAGCAAGGGAGCCAAUUGGAUCGGGUUUUGGUGGGGUGUGAAUUCCGGCCAUUUGUGUAUUUGAUAGUGUUGUAAUAUUUUUAAGAAGAAAAUUUAGGGAAUUUCAAAAAAUUUAGGGGUGGAAAUAUUAUGGUGGAAAAAGAAGAGAAAAAAGGGGUGGGGCAGGGCAUUUGUGAGAGUAAUUUUGACUGUGUAUCAUGCAAAUAAUACACAUGAAUAUAUUGAUGUAAUUGAAAAAUUGAUUCUCUUU